AUGGAUGUCUACGUCAACGAAGAAGAGCUAUCAGGUUAUCCUGGCAAAAGGAUAAAAAGGAUGAGUUUGGGAAAAAGUUCAGAAAGUAUUUAUGAUAAUCCAAUGAUCCACAGUCUGGAGCCAGACAGAAUUGGACCUGCACGCUCAGUUGCAGGAGAUGUGAGAAAGGGUUCCCGCAGAGCUGCUGUUGUGUGUCUGCUGUGUCUUCUCCUCAUGAUUGGACUCAUAACACUGAGUUGCCUUUUCUCAAAAGGCAACACUGAGUGGAAAAUGAAGAUGGCCCAGUUACAGACCAGCUACAAAAAUCUGACCAAAGAACAGGACCAGCUACAAACCAGUUACAACAACCUAGUUGAAGAACGAGACCAGUUACAGAGCAGUUAUAAUUUUCUGAAUGAAGCCCAAGUUCAGCUCCAUAAAGGAGCUGCAGACAUGACCAAAAAGAUACAAGAUCUUCAGACAAAGCUUCAAGAGCAUUAUCCUCAACAUGGAUGGACAUAUUUCAGUGGUAGUUUGUAUUACAUAUCCUCUACUGAGAAAACCUGGGAAGAAAGCAGACUUGACUGUCAGCAGAGAGGUGCAGACCUGGUGAUUAUCAACAGCAAAGAAGAACAGGACUUCGUGAGACGUUUUCAAAAGCUCCUGUGGAUUGGACUCACUGAUAGAGAGACAGAGGGGACAUGGAAAUGGGUGGACGGCACUCUGUUGACAACAAGCUACUGGGCCCCUCGUGAGCCAAAUGGUCACAUAUUUCACAGACAUGAAGACUGUGCUGAAAUACAGAAUUAUAAGGCGGAAAAAAGCUGGAACGAUAUCUCGUGUUAUGGUAAAAAAUUCUGGAUCUGUGAGAAGACAUUGCCUCCAUAAACCACAAGACCACUAUAUAAAACAAACAAACAAAAAAAUUGCAUUUCCCUGUUUCAACUAAAAUUGCUCAGAUUGAACUAAUGUUAUGGCUCACUUUUAAUUAAAUUAUGCCAACAGAUAAUCAUUUUUUCAUUUUUUAAAAGAUAUUUUGAUUUUAUUUUCGAUUGUAGAAAUAUGGGUAUAUAUUAGCUGGGUAUAAUCUACUGAUUAAAAGAAAGUAAAAAUGAUUUAUAUCUACAUCAGUUAUUUAUAUUUUAAGUUGCUGUUUUGCCACUAUGUGUUUGCUUUUUUCAAAACUGCUUGUUCAAGAAAGUGUUUAUAAUGAACAUAUCAACAGUUGUCCCGUCCUGUGUCCAUAAAUUUGACAAUAAAUUCCCUCAACAGACCUCCUACUACAUAAUUGUUUAACCCUUUAACACUGGAUUGAGAGUAGUUUUCUCGUGCUGUGUUCAGACGCCUUUCACUAAGAUUUAAACCUCUGAAAUCUGAGAAAAUUGGUUGGAUUUCUUUUAAAAACAUGGGGAAAACAUAAGGAGCAAUUUGAUCUAAAAUUCCCUGCAAUCAAUAAACAAACAAAUCAAUAAAUGAAUGAAUGAAUAAAUAAAAAAUAACAUAAAAUUGUAAAAGGUGACAAAAUGAUGUAAAAUUUAGCUGGAAUUAAUUAUUAGAUAGAAGGUCCACUAUCACUGUUUUGUGCCUCCUAUAUCACACUGCAACCAGAUCUUCUCUUUUCGUUAGUUUAAUUUAUGCAGUGAGCCCAAAUUUGGUCAGGAUCAGUCUUUGUUUACGUUUCAGUGGAAAUACUUAGUUAACAGAGUGUCAGCGCAACAAGAGGUGAGUAAUUUACAUGGAAAUAGUCAUGUUGGGGGU